UCACAUGCAGUGUAUGAAAAAUUAAAAAAAAAUCUAUUUGUGUAAAAGAAAGAACGCUUACGUUUACACCGAAAUAAUGAAAAUAAAUAACUGAUAUAUUUAUCUUUAACGUGGUGUUUAACAAAUGAAAAGCAGAACAUUUAAAAAAGGUCGUUUAAAUGACAAUAGCCUAAAUGAAGAUGAGACACCUUGGCAAAAUUUGUGGUUCCCCCAUCCCCCAAAUUAUCAGAAUAAUGACGUAAAAACUGAAACAGUCAAUGUGGCAGCAGGAGCAAUUAGAGAUGCAACAACAGCAGUGAGUAAUGAAGAAUUUGCACUGGAAAAAAAUCCUUCAAAAGACUGGCUAUGGUUUCCGCAUCCGCCCGGUUAUCAAAAUAAAGAGAAAGUUAAGGAGCAUGUUGAGAAACCUAUAGAAAAUGUUCAGCAGAAACAUGAAUGUGAUAAUGGCAAGUUUGGCUUGUCUGUAGAUUAUGAUCCUUUAGAUAAACGACAUUCCUACAAUUAUCUUUGCCUUGACCAAAGAUCAAAAUAUACCCCAAACUUAAAUACCACAGCUAUUUUAAAGGACUAUACAAUACCAGCAGCCUAUGAACCUUCCGUAAAAUGUUUGAACGAAACUAUAGAAUACAGCGAGUCCAUACCAACUUUCGGUGCUUAUCGUCCUCUAGCUCCUAAAUAUGGUUCCUAUAGCUAUCUGCCACCACAACGUUGGCUUCAUAGUUUAGCCGAUGGUGCUAUUGUUUUACUCUAUCACCCUUGUGCCUUUGCCGGUCAAAUUGAUCAGCUACAAAAUACUUUAAAAGGUUGUUUAUAUCGUCAUAUCAUUACACCCUCUCAGCAGUUAACACCUCAACGUCCUUUGGCUCUUUUGGCCUGGGGUAAAUCGUUACAAAUGUCUGUUGUUGAUGAUGCUAUUGCAGUGAAAUUUAUUAAAGAUAACGCAAAGUUAGGUUUUAGACAAAAACAACAGAAAUUGAAAUUAUCUUCAAAAAUGUAUGAUGCUGGUUUAUUAACGGAAGCUCAUUUGGUAACGGAUGAACAGGAUGAAGAAAUUUGUGGUUACAAAGAAAUGAGAUGAUUAUUUUAUAGAAAAAUUAGUAUAUGUAUAUGUAUAAUUUUGUUAUUUGUUAAAUAUAUAUUAAAAAUAUCA